AUGACAGGAGUGAAACACGUCUACUCCAUUGCAAGUGGCACAUGGCAGCAGGUGACAAUGUUGGCCUGUUCCUCUGCCAUUGGGCAGUACCUUCCACCGCUGCUGAUCUUCCUCUACACCAGGGAUCCUCGCUUCAAUGUGUUGGAAGAGUUUGAAGAGGCUUUUUUCCAGAAAACUCCAAAUGGGUGGAUCACUGAGGUGGUGUUUCUUAGCUUUUUGAGGGACAUCUUCAUUCCCAAAUUGGGAGAAAAGCAACCAGUGGUGCUGUUAGUGGAUGGCCAUUCUAGCUAUCACUCUGUCAGUGCCCUGUGUAAUGAGAAUAGCGUCAUCCUCUACUGCCUAAAGGCGCACAUCAUUCACCUCAUCCAGCCACUGGAUCUAGCUUUCUUCAGGGCAAUCAAACUAGUAUGGAGUGAAGCCAUCAGAAAGAUUCAGUACCAGACUGGAGAGAGUGUCAUCAUGCCUAAAGCCAAGCUGCAGUUUCUCCAGUGCUGCUCCAAUCACUUCCCCCAACUCACAUCUUCAGGCACCACAGUUCUCCCUGCCUGUACCCCAGCAACCUCAACCUCUCUUCCUUCUGCAUCACAAGCAGCUGAACCCAAGGUCUCAAGGCCAAAACAAGGAACUCCCACUCCCUCAGCAUUCUCCAACAUUUUUAAGUUUGUCCCACAGUCUCUGCCUUCCACAUCAAAGCCUACCUCACAGUCCCUGCCUUCCACAUUCCAGUCUGCCCCACAGUCCCUGCCUUCCACAUCCCAGCCUGCCCAACAGUCCCUGCCUUCCACAUCCCAGCCUGCCCAACAGUCCCUGCCUUCCACAUCCCAGCCUACCCAACAGUCCCUGCCUUCCACAUCCCAGUCUGUCCCACAGUCCCUGCCUUCCACAUCCCAGCCUGGCCCACAGUCCCUGCCUUCCACAUCCCAGCCUGCCCAACAGUCCCUGCUUUCCACAUCCCAGCCUGCCCAACAGUUCCUGCCUUCCACAUCCCAGCCUGCCCCACAGUCCCUGCCUUCCACAUCCCAGCCUGCCCAACAGUUCCUGCCUUCCACAUUCCAGCUUGCCCCACAGUCCCUGCCUUCCACAUCCCAACCUGCCCAACAGUUCCUGCCUUCCACAUUCCAGUUUGCCCCACAGUCCCUGCCUUCCACAUGCCAAAAUUCCAAAACAAAUGACAGCUACUUCACACCACCCUCUUUCCAGAAUAAAAAGGAAUUGAAAAAGACCACUGCAGCAUUGCCAUUCUCAAUAAGUGGUGUUGAGUACCGGCAAAUGAUUGAAGAGAAACAGAAAUGUGUGAGUGGGAUGGAUCUGAGUGGGAAGUCUCAGGAAGACAAUGAGGCAAUGGACAAUGGCAAUGAACUUAAGGCAUCUAGCACAAUAGCCCAACAUGCCAUAGCACACUGA